CCGGAACUGCGGUUGGUGUUGCAGCUGAGACAAGACUGUGUCUUCUUUUGAGGUUUGUCCCCCGGCAUCGGAGGGGUCCUCGGCGGCGUCUCCACACGCAACCAUGAAGUUGAAGGAGACAAAAUCAGGGCCCAAGUCCCGAAGCUGUGGCAAGUUGCAGAUGAAGGGAAUCAAAGUUGUGGGAAAAUGGAAGCAGGUGAAGAUCGACCCAAGUGUAUUUGCAGAUGGACAGAUGGAUGACCUGGUGUGCUUUGAGGAACUGACGGAUUACCGGUUGGUUUCCCCUGCCAAGAAUCCCUCCAGUCUCUUCUCCAAGGAGGAGCCCAAGAAAAGAAAGGCCCAAGCUGUUUUGGAAGGACAGGAGGAAGGAGAGUGUAGCUCCUCAAAGAAAAAAAUGAAGUUGAAGAAGAGGAAAGACGUAGACACCGAAGGACCCAACGCCCAGAAAGAGUUUCAGGUCAAAGAUGCGGAGCCAGAGCCCCAGGGAGAUGGCCCGGCGUGUCCAGAGCCAGAGGUAGGGGAGGCGGCGUCAGGAAGCCUGGCCCUGACUGCUCUGAAAAAGAAGAAAAAGAAAGGGAAGAAAACCCCAGAGCCUUCCCAGGCUCCUACUGCGAAGGUGCCCAAAAGAGUGAAGACGUGGCUGCCCGAAGUGCACGACCAGAAGGCAGACGUGUCGGCCUGGAAGGAUCUGUUCGUACCCAAGCCAGUUCUCCGCGCGCUCAGCUUCCUCGGCUUCUCUGCACCCACACCCAUCCAAGCUCUGACCUUGGCGCCUGCCAUCCGUGACAAGCUGGACAUCCUCGGGGCUGCUGAGACAGGAAGUGGGAAGACGCUGGCCUUCGCCAUUCCGAUGAUCCAUGCAGUGCUGCAGCGGCAGGCGAAGAAGCCUGCCCCACCUCUGAGGGCCGCAGCGGCAGCGCCUGGCGAGACUGGCGCCGAGGAGGGACCGCCAGGCGAGGCCGGAGCUGAAUCUGCAGCGUCGUCCGCUGAGCUUGGAGGUGCAGGUGACGCGCGGCCCGGUGAGGCUGGAACGAAGCCCAGAGCACCACCCGGCAAGGCAAGAGCCGAGCCCGGAGCUGCCGCCUCAGACCAGGUGCUGCCCCUCCGUGACGACGAUGCUGGCGAAGGACCUUCUUCCCUGAUCAGGGAGACGCUGGCCCCCAGACAGGACAAGGACAGGCAGGGAGAGCUCGAUGACGAGCGGCCUGGAGAGCUGGAGCAGGAGUCGGGUGGCGAGGCUGUGGCCUGCAGAACGCAUGCGAAGCGUCCUCUGCUUGGACUGGUUCUGACCCCCACGCGAGAGCUGGCCGUGCAGGUCAAGCAGCACAUGGAUGCUGUGGCCAGGUUUACAGGCAUUAAAACUGCCAUUUUGGUUGGUGGAAUGUCCACGCAGAAGCAGCAGAGGAUGCUGAACCGCCAGCCCGAGAUCGUGGUCGCCACUCCAGGCCGGCUGUGGGAGCUGGUUAAGGAAAAGCACCCUCAUCUGAGCGACCUGCGGCAGCUCAGGUGCCUGGUGAUUGACGAGGCUGACCGGAUGGUGGAGAAGGGCCACUUCGCUGAGCUGUCACAGCUGCUAGAGAUGCUCAGUGACUCCCAGUACAACCCGAAGCGACAGACACUUGUUUUCUCCGCUACACUGACCCUGGUACAUCAAGCUCCUGCUCGAAUCCUUCACAAGAAGCACACCAAGAAAAUUGACAAAACUGCCAAACUUGACCUUCUCGUGCAGAAGAUUGGCAUGAGAGGCAGGCCCAAGGUCAUUGACCUCACAAGGAAGGAAGCCACCGUGGAGACGCUGACAGAGACCAAGAUCCACUGUGAGAACGACGAGAAGGACUUGUAUCUGUACUACUUCCUGAUGCAGCACCCCGGCCGCACCCUCGUGUUUGCCAACAGCAUCUCCUGCAUCAAGCGCCUCUCGGGGCUCCUCAAGGUCUUGGACAUCAUGCCGCUGACCCUGCACGCGUGCAUGCACCAGAAGCAGAGGCUCAGAAACCUGGAGCAGUUUGCCCGCCUGGAAGACUGUGUUCUGCUGGCAACCGAUGUGGCGGCCCGGGGCUUGGAUAUCCCCAAAGUCCAGCACGUGAUCCAUUACCAGGUCCCCCGCACCUCGGAGAUUUAUGUCCACCGCAGCGGUCGGACCGCUCGGGCCGCCAACGAGGGUCUCAGCCUGAUGCUGAUCGGGCCUGAGGACAUGAUCAACUUUAAGAAGAUUUACAAAACCCUCAAAAAAGAUGAGGACAUCCCAUUCUUCCCUGUGCAGACAAAGUACAUGGACGCAGUUAAGGGGCGGAUCCAGCUGGCCCGGCAGAUCGAGAAGGCGGAGUACCGGAACUUCCAGGCGUGCCUGCACAACUCCUGGAUCGAGCAGGCGGCCGCUGCCCUGGAGAUCGAGCUGGACGAGGAGAUGUACAAGGGAGGGAAAGCCGACCAGCAAGAAGAGCGCCGCAGACAGAAGCAGAUGAAGGUGCUGAGGAAGGAGCUGCGCCACCUGCUCUCCCAGCCGCUGUUUAGGGAGGACCCGAAAACCAGGUACCCCACGCAGUCUGGCCAGCCCCCCGCGCUCAGGCCCGCCCCCGGACACGGGGAGUCCGCUCUGAGCUGCCUCUCCAGACAGAAGAAGAAGAAGAAGAAGCCAAAGCCACAAACGAAGGGGCCGUAGGAAGAGCCACGGUCCAGCACGAGUGCACGUUAACGGCCCCCGGUCAGAGUCGGCCAGUGACCACGCGUCGUGUCUCUGCCCUGCGGUUACAGGGGGAGUGCUCCAUCUUUCCUUUCGUUCCACUUCCACCCGAUUACAGGGUCUCCCUUUCCCACGCCACCCCCGUGGUGGGAGCGACCUCAUGCAGAUCUGUGGUGUGUUUUGGAGUAAGAGUUCUUUGCAGCAGCUUACGUAUUUCCGUGUAUGUGUUUACAGGCUUGUAUGUAAACAACUCGAUUUCCUUAAUUAAAAGCAGUUGAACUA